AUGAAUAAUACUAAGCCAAAAAACACAAGAAAAAGAAAUAGAAAAUUAGGAUCGAGAGCAUAUAGAAAUUAUUCAGAGAAAAUGUUAGAAUUAGCGGUUGACAUGGUAGAAAAUAGCAGGAUGUCAAGUCGGGAGGCAGAAAAGAGGUUCGGAAUCCCUCGACGGACGAUAUUGAACAAAGUUAAAAAAAUUCACUUGAAACCAGCUGGAGGACAAAAGAAACUCACUGAAGAAGAGGAAGAAAAACUGGCAAAUGUGUUGUUAGCUUCAGCAGAUUACGGCAGUCCCAUGUCGAAAAUGGAUAUAAAAAUGUUGGUCUAUAAAUACGUAGAAAAAAAUUCACGGACUGAUUUGUUCGAUGGCAAAUUACCCAGUGAUACUUGGGUGGAAGGAUUUUUAAACAGACAUCGUUCGAUAUUGACCAUUAGAACAACCCAAAAUAUAAAAAAAGUACGGGCCGAGAAAGGAUUGGAAGAAAUGGAGCAAUUUUAUACCAAUUUACGUGAAACGCUAAAUGGUGUACCACCGAUGAAUAUACUGAACUACGACGAGACUAACUUGUCCGACAAUCCAGGUACUUCAAAAUGUGUAUUCAGAAGGGGCGUCAAACAUCCUGAAAGGAUUCUAAAUAACACAAAAAGUUGCAUUUCUAUUAUGUUUACUGCAAGUGCAGCUGGGACAUGUCUACCAAUAUAUGUGGUUUAUAAAGCUUCAAAUUUAUAUUCAGAGUGGCUAGAAGGAGGACCAGCUGGAACCAGAUAUAACUGUUCGAAAUCAGGUUGGUUUGAUACGUCUUCAUUUGAAGAUUAUUUCAAAACUAUAGUGGUUGACUGGGCGAGACAAAUUUCCGGGCCAAAAGUAGUCAUUGGUGAUAAUUCGUCUUCCCACAUAAAUAUUGAAGUUGUGGAAUUGUGUCAAAAACACAAUAUAAGGUUGGUAUUUUUACCACCAAACUCCACUCACCUAACACAACCGCUGGAUGUAGCAUACUUUGGCCCACUAAAAAGAGAGUGGAAAAAGAUCUUGUUGGAUUACAAAUGGAAGAAUCCUGGACAAACUACCUUGAACAAAAAACACUUUCCAAAACUUUUGGCUCAAUUACUAGAAAAUAUGAAACAUAAAGAAAGCCAUAACAUAAUAAGUGGCUUCAGAGCCACAGGAAUAUGGCCUGUAAAUCCACGAAAUGUUUUUAAGAGAAUCCCAGAGUAUUUCGAGGAUUCAGAAUAUGGAUUUGAUACGACUUUAUUGGAUUAUCUCAAGGAAUCAAGGGCUGCUAAGCCAAUGCAAGUAAAAAGAAAUAAGAAAUUACGCACAGAACCCGGAAAGUCGGUAUGUGCUGAUGAUAUUUCGAAAGUAAAUAUUCUACUAACAGUACGAAAAAAAUCAUCUGUAAGAAAAAAUAAGGAAGAUACAAUAAAGAUAAACCAAGAAAGAGAGACAGAAGAUAUUAUGGCAUCGUGGGAUACAGAAAAUGAGAUAUACUUAGAUGAAAUUACAGGUGAAGUGAUAAGAAGGGAGGAAACGAUUAAAUACGAUAUGCCGUCGACCUCAGAAAUCAUCGCUUGGGCAAAACCAGCACUACGACCCCGAUUUUCACCGGUAGUCUAUAAUCCAUCCACACUUGAUGCACUUAGUAUCAAAAUUAUCAACAUUCAUUUAAGUUCACCAGCGCAUGAUACUAACGCUCAGCUUUCCGAUGUCUGUGUAUUAAAUAAAAAAAUGAUAAAUGACAGCCAGAAUAAGCCUUUUGUAGCUUAUGCUGAAAAUGAUAUUCCAGAUUGUAUACGAUCUAAUAGUUCAUCUAAAUCUAAAGUUAUAAUAACCUCAGAUGUUAAAGUAACCCCUAAGCAAAUGAAGAACAUCAAGAAAAAAAUAAAAUUAGGUACUGAAGUCAUCGGGAAAUCAGCUUUACAGAUGAAAAUUCUUACGAAGAAAGUGGGAAAUGAAAAUGGUAAUGUGGUCUUAUAUGAAAAAAAUAAAAGAAAACGAGAAAAUUUAGCUAAUGGAAGAAAAACAAAGGUAGCGAAACGGAAGAAAUUGAGAUCAUAUUAUUGUGAAACGAGUUCUGAAUCGGAUAUUCUGAGCAUUGCAAACACAGAUGAUUCGGAAUAUGAGACAUUUGAUGAAUAUGUAUCAACAUGUUUACAAGAGAUAGACAACAAGGAAAACUGUGAGCCAGAAAACUUCACUGCACCCUUUGGAUUCAAUGAUAUCACCUAUUUUACAAGCGAUGUAGAUUUACGAGAAGAGGAUUGGGUAGUUGUAAAAUUUGCGACAAAAAAAAGCAUUAAGCACUUUGUCGGCCGUGUUUUAUAUAUAAAAAAUAGUACUCCUACGGUAAAAUUUGCAAGAAAAGUGAAAAAUGCAAAAGAUGGCAAAGUGAUUUUUACGUAUCCGAAUGUGGAGGACGUGAGUGAAGUGAAUCGUGAUGAUGUGGAAAUAGUAUUACCUCCACCAAGUAUUUCUAGACGAGGCCAAAUAUUGUUUGAUGUUACCUUUAAUUCUUCCUACAAUAUACAAUAA